AUGAUAAUCAGAUAGGCUAGAUUUAAUUGUGUGUUGUUUCUUUAAAAGCAGACAUUUUGGCUGUCAGGGUUGAUUUUGCUUAUACCUUUCCCUGCUACCUAAGCACUUUAAAAAAAAAAAUACAUCUCAGACCUGAAUAUGCAGGUCUUGUUGUUCUUCUUGAGUUUAUCAGGUCCUUCGGACACAACCCCAGGAUCGCCAAUAGGCAUCAUUCUUGGAUAGAAUGGACCAAUCAGCGACCGCCUUUGAUGAAUAUUCAUGAAUCCCUGAUUCAAACCUUUGAGCGAGUUUGUCUAGACCACUGCAUCAUGCCUAGACUUUUCACAGAGACAAACUACAUUUUCUUAUGAAUGGAAAGAGAAAAAAUCAGUACAGCUUAAAUUGGGAUCCAUCCUUCACUGAGAUCAUAGAAGAAAACAAAAAAGGAAGAGGAGAGAUCCGCCAGAAGAGAUGACAAUGACUACAAUACCAGAAAGUCUUAAUAGCCCUGUCUCAGGAAAAACCGUUUUCAUGGAAUUUGGGCCACCGAGUCAACAAAUGUCGCCUUCCUCAAUGUCUCACGGACACUAUUCCAUGCACUGUUUACAUUCUGCGGGUCAUACGCAACACGAGAGCUCGUACAGUCCAGCCUCGUCAUUUCCUAGAUCUUUAGGUUAUCCAUACGUUAACUCCGUCGGCAGCCAUUCCUCAAGUCCAUAUCUCAGUACAGUGCAGUCGUACCAAAACAACUCGGCACUAACACAGACACGGUUAGAAGAUACAGCACAAGAGACAGAGAAGAACACAGUUGUAGAAGGAGGAGAGGUGCGGUUCAAUGGGAAAGGGAAAAAGAUUCGCAAACCAAGGACUAUCUAUUCCAGUUUGCAGCUACAGACUCUAAACAGACGAUUUCAACAAACUCAAUAUUUGGCACUGCCAGAGAGAGCCGAGCUCGCAGCUUCGAUGGGACUCACGCAAACACAGGUAAAGAUUUGGUUUCAAAAUAAGCGAUCGAAGUUCAAGAAACUGAUGAAGCAAGGUGGUGGCACGAUAGACACGAACGCUUUAGCCCAGUUUAAUGGUCACGGACCUACGACUGGAUCUCCGGUAGCACCGGUUUGGAGCUCACCGACCACCGUGAAAACAUCCGUGGGUGCACCAGGGUCUUACAUUCCAAGUUAUACCUCAUGGUAUCCAACUGCACACCAAGAGUCUAUGCAGCAACCGCAACUCAUGUGAACAUAACUGUGAGCUGAUAGACCUGUCCCGCCCUCUAUACUGCCAUGGCCCAUAUCAGGAGAUGUUGGGUCAACCACCCAGCGUGGCCUUGCACUGGCCCGCUGUAGCCAUGCACAGAUGUAAUCCGGAGUUCGCUCUCAAAGUUGCCAGAUGACAUAUUGGCCUCUUCAUACCGAACGACGGCACAGAGAAUAGCCUGGGAACCGAGAGACUGAAAAGGCACUGCCCCAAGGGCAAGAAGUCCUGUCAUGUCCACGACAGAUGCCGGAAAUUGUUUUGACAAAUGGGUCUUCAAGCUGCUGUUAUUAUCUUUUGUGACAUUUUAAUAGGCUAUGUGUUAAACGAAAUAUAUUUUGCUGUAACAAGUCAGUGAGAGUAUAUUUAUGUAUACUGUGUUUGAUUUGAAGAUUGGCUACAUUUCUUAUCCUAAUGAUGAUAAAACAUAGGCCUAUGAAGCCGCGUGUUACCAAGGCCUAUCAGAUUUAGGCUCUCCAACGAAGGUCAACAUGGUGAUUUGACCAUGACCUUAAAACCUAGCCUUUAAACAGACAAAACCCCCAUUGGUCUAUAAUGUAACUUUGACCAACGAAUGUAGGCCAAUCCAAUGAAUCAUUUCAAAAAUAGUCUCAUCAUUUUUAUGGGCAUGGAAUCGAAUCUCCAGUCCGUUCCUUAGUUUUCACAGCCCGAGUUGCACGCGCCCUUGCGCAUGCUUCCAUGCUGUCUAUGUAUGUUAAUUUAAGUUAAAUUAUUUCGUUUUUUUUCCCAUGUCUGUGUCUUUAUUUAAUAUGCAGUGUGUUUGACUUAUGAAACGACAACAACGUGUUGUUAAUAAAAAGUUUAAAUGAUGAUUUGCUGCUUGAGAAGAGCAUUAAGGUGAUUCCGAUGAUAAAGAUAUGGUUUGUCAUUGUUUGUUAUGUGUUGAGCGGUUGGAUGUACAUAAGGACAAUAUAAUAGGCAUUUUUCAGCUUUGGUUUGUGCUGUAAUCGAUAUGUUGUGAAAUAGGAUUUUUUUUUUUUUUUUUUUACAUGUGUUCAUUAAGAUGAAUGUGUUUAGCAAUCUAGAAAUAUUUAGUUUUGUAUUGAUCACUUUAAUUUAUUGCUUUGUUUUAUGGAAGUUAUGUACACAAUGUUGAAAACAGUAAAGCUAUGAUUUAAAAGGCCAGUAUAACGUGUCAGAGUCCUUACCGGCCAUGUGUUGUAGGCCACAACUUUCACAUUUCCAUGCAAGUCCAUGUAACCCUGGGAUAUGACAUGCAGCUAUCUCUUCAGGACUUAUAUUUAAAACUAAUACAGAGGUAACAUACAGUGUGAUCAAAUAAAGCCUAUAUGAUUAUUCCUUUUCA